CCGCCGCCGGCGCGUAGCAGCGAGGGGUGCCCGCCGACCAUCCCGUCCGGACUCUCCCCUUCCCUUUCCUGCCGGGGGCCGCGACAUGGCGACGGACUCCUGGGCGCUGGCGGUGGACGAGCAGGAGGCGGCCGCGGAGUCGCUGAGCAAUUUGCACCUGAAGGAUGAGAAACUCAAGCCAGACGCCAACGGAGCUGUUGUCAAGACAGAUGACAAUGCAGAGAAGACCGAGGAGGAAGAGAAAGAGGAUAGAGCAGCCCAGUCCUUGCUAAACAAGCUGAUCCGCAGUAACCUGGUAGAUAACACAAACCAAGUGGAAGUUCUGCAGAGGGAUCCGACGUCACCCCUCUACUCUGUGAAGUCUUUCGAGGAGCUCCGGCUGAAGCCGCAGCUGCUGCAGGGCGUCUAUGCCAUGGGAUUCAACAGGCCGUCGAAGAUCCAGGAGAAUGCGCUGCCCAUGAUGCUUGCAGAGCCUCCACAGAACCUGAUUGCACAGUCCCAGUCCGGGACAGGUAAAACGGCGGCUUUUGUCUUGGCCAUGCUCAGCAGAGUGGAACCCGAUAACAAAUACCCACAGUGCCUGUGUCUCUCCCCAACGUAUGAGCUGGCCCUUCAGACCGGGAAAGUGAUCGAGCAGAUGGGCCGGUUCCAUCCGGAGCUGAAGCUCGCCUAUGCCGUCCGUGGCAACAAACUGGAGCGCGGCCAGAAGAUUGCCGAGCAGAUCGUCAUUGGCACGCCAGGCACGGUCCUGGACUGGUGCUCCAAGCUCAAGUUCAUUGACCCCAAGAAGAUCAGAGUCUUUGUCCUGGAUGAGGCAGAUGUCAUGAUCGCCACCCAGGGACACCAGGACCAGAGCAUCCGCAUCCAGAGAAUGCUUCCUCGAGGCUGCCAAAUGCUGCUUUUCUCGGCUACCUUUGAAGACUCAGUGUGGAAGUUUGCCCAGAAAGUGGUUCCUGACCCCAACAUCAUCAAGCUGAAACGGGAGGAGGAGACGCUGGACACCAUCAAGCAGUACUAUGUCUUGUGCAACAGCCGAGAAGAGAAAUUCCAUGCACUCUGCAACAUCUACGGUGCCAUUACCAUUGCGCAGGCCAUGAUCUUCUGCCACACUCGCAAAACUGCUGGCUGGCUGGCAGGGGAGCUCUCCAAGGAAGGUCACCAAGUGGCCCUCCUGAGUGGUGAGAUGAUGGUGGAGCAACGAGCUGCUGUGAUCGAGCGCUUCCGAGAGGGCAAGGAGAAAGUUCUGGUGACCACAAACGUCUGUGCCCGAGGGAUUGAUGUGGAGCAGGUCUCUGUUGUCAUCAAUUUUGAUCUACCUGUGGAUAAAGAUGGGAAUCCAGAUAACGAGACCUACCUGCAUCGCAUUGGCCGCACGGGGCGCUUUGGCAAGAGGGGCCUGGCCAUCAACAUGGUGGACAGCAAGCACAGUAUGAACAUCCUGAACAGGAUCCAGGAACAUUUCAAUAAGAAGAUUCAUAAACUGGAUACAGAUGAUUUGGAUGAAAUUGAGAAAAUAGCUAACUGAAAUUGCAGCUGCCAGAAUUGGUGCGCACACCCUCCCAUGGUAGUUCUCCCACUGCAAUUGGAUCAGCAUCCUGAAUGGCACAAAUCUUAGCCAGUCGCACGCAAAGGGAUGUUUUUAAAGAUAAUACACAGAAAUUACCUCAUCUUAAAAGAAAAAAAAUGUGGCUGGACUUGAUUUUAAACAAAAGUGCAAACUCUGGGGACAGAAGAAAUGUUUACAGUAACUUUAAACUUUUUUUGUUUUUUAGUUUAGCCUUAAAAUGGGAAGAUCUCUUAAAUUCUAAGGAUGAUGCCAAAAAAUAGCCAAUUGAUUAGGAGGGAUACAUGCCUGUUUUUAUCUUUAAGAGGGGAGUAACUUCUUCAACAUGCCCAAGCAAUUUGCCAGUUCAACCGCUGAGUACAUGGAUCUAUAUAUCUAAAUUAGUUCACACAAAAUGAUUUUCAGUUUGAGCUCCCCGUUUUCUAGACUUCUGUAGAUUGCCGAUCUGUUUCUUUAGGGAGAUGAUCCAGCGGGUUUGCUCUUUAGUUGGUCGCACAAUGAGUUGGCUUCUGUGCUUUUCUUUCCUCUCAAAGAGCUUUGGGAAUUGUAAUCUUGGAUGGAGACUGGAGAUCCUCAGACACCUUGCCAGGCUAUCCCAAGUCCCUCGAGGGACAGGAAGUUGUUGCAGUUAAAACUGUUAAGUUCACAGGGCAGAUGUUCCCACAGAACCCAUAGAACUCAUGUUGCAUUCAAAACACCAUUGUGGUGAAAAGUGUAGACUUGAAACAAUGGACAGAGGAUGUAUUUCAACACUGCCCUCCAAAGGCACUGAAUUGGACACAAGCACUUCCCUUGCUUGCUGCAACACAACAAGCGAACUGAAGUGUUAAAGGAGGAGAUGGGCAGGUUGUUCAGGGAAAGGAUUAUGGUGGGAAUGCAGUCCUUAAUUCGCCUGUGUGCAGGUGUGUGUGUAUGCAACAGGUAGGGCUGGGCUUUGCUGUAGAGAAAAAGUGCCAGCUUUUGCAGGUGGCACAACUCUGUGCAAGGGAGGUGAUCCCCCAAGUGCUGCUGUUGGGUGGCCUGGUAAAGAAUGAACUCGUACAGUACCACGGCUUGGUGGAUUGCAUCUGAUGCUCCUUGACAGAGCUGCUUAUAUUUACCUGGAUACUUGCCACAAAACAGGUGGGUGCUUUGAAUCAGAUACAAAAACAGAAUCAUGCCUGGGAUUGCAGUGACCAAAAAUAUUCUUGACUGGGGACAUGCAUGUGCUCGAGGCCAAGCACAGCGGGUCCCCAGCUGCUUCGGUUACCAGUCUGGUCUGCCUCAACUGUGACUCUACAGCCGAGACUCAUUACAGCUUUUCCCCUUGGGUUUGGGUUCUCCAGUUCCCCGGUAGCAAGGUUAGAUGCAGGUCUGGGUAACCACCUACUUCCUGCAUGUAUUUUUUUCUGAGCAAGGUAGAACUUAGCAUAUUUUUAUUCACAUGAAAUGGAGAAUUAGAACUGGCAGUAACACAGUCCCCUGACCUCCUACUUGGUACAGGAAUCUCAACAAAUAAAAAUGAAUUGUAAAUCCUGAGUGUUUAUCUGUAUUUUUUUUAACUUUGGCUGUUCUGUUCAACGACAGAAAUUGGAUUCUUUUACCAAGUAAAACAAAACACAAAGACACAAUCUUAUUUUUAAAAAGUACCUAAAAUUUUAGGAAGUUUGUGUGCAGCCUCUUACCAGUUUGUGUAAAUGGCUUUAAGAGUGGUUGGGCAGGUUUAAACAAAAUCCACACUUUUGUAUGCAAGGGUCUAUUUUUAUUCCGCUGGAAGUGGCAGGCGAAUGCGUGCUGUGUGUGUGGCAGAGGGCCUUCGAGUGCCGUCGGUGCUGCUGAACGAGAGAGCAGUGUGCGGGCAUGGAAUGGUCGCAGAUGCUGCUGGGCUGGUGUGCUCUUUCUGACGUACUUUUCAGUUGGAAUAAAGAACUUAUAAGACUGAA